CAUGUACGGAGCCCUUUUUCCACGAACGUAUAUAAUAUUCAAGAGCUAGUAUAAUACGUUAAUAUACUUGUUAAGUACCUUAGUAAUUAAUCGCAUAUCUUUUAUUUUAAACAAAUAACGGGGAAGGUACGUAUUCAAAAGUGAUUAACGCAAAACUAUAGAAGAAUAAUUAGCGCACAGGUUUGACGUGCUAGCCAAAAUUUCUCAAGAAACGGGAACUACUAAAAGUAAUGCAGAUAUAAAUUAGGGUACUUUUACUUUCAAUCGUUACUUAGUUAUUGCCGUCCGUCAUCAAACUACUGUGAUCAUGAUUUCAAGAACAGUAUUGCUGUUUGUCUUUGGAGCGACCAUAGCGUCAGCCCAAUUCGUGCCAAGACUGCUAAGACCCACGCCCGACGAUAUGUCCCUAAUGCCAUAUCUCCGCACAAGUGGUUGUCCCUCCGGCCCUGCUUUAGCGCCCGUCAUCUGCCAAUUCAUGCAGCCAAACUUGGGACUCUUCAAGCCACAACUGAUCAAGCCUUCAACUUACAUCCCACCGCUAAUCGUCGAGAAAUGCGACAAGCCUGAAUUGGAAAUCAAAUUGCCAGCACGUGAGCCUAUAGUGAUCCCAGAAGCGCCUAUACUGCCACCAAUCACGGUCCCGAAAUUCCCGGUACCUGUGAUCCCAGAGCCUAUACCACCGAUGCCUAUUGUGGAGCCCUGUGAACCUGCUCCAGUCGCGAUUUCGUCAGCUGUGAGCGUUCCUGUUGCACCUGUGUUGCCGCCGCUAGAGAUGCCAGCUUUGCCUGAAAUUGUCGAGUUUCAUGGAGCUGAUAUAUCAGAGACGGUGGUGAAUGGGAUUGACUAUCAAGCUAUGCUGGUCCCUGAAGCUCCGGCGGUUGUAUUUCCUGAGGCUAUUCCUGGGUCAAUUAUUAAGCCGUUAACCAUCCCGCCUGCCCCUCUGCUUCCCCCAGCGCCCUUCCCAGAAAUUCCUGUCCGCGUAGAAAUCCCUGCACCAAUGGUCAUUGAAGAACCUUGCAUUACUGACGUAGUUCCUAAACCUGUACCAAUGCCGAUUGUUCCUAUGCCACUACCAGAACUUGUGCCAAUGCCGAUCGUUCCUAUCCCUGAACCAACCAUAGUUGCUGACCCUUGCGAGCCUGUGAUAGCACCAGUGGUGAAAUUGCCUAUCACGAAAGCGGCAAUACUGUUCCUGUUUGGAGCAACAUUAGCAUCGGCUCAAUUUUUUCCUCACAUGGGCAUAGCCUUCAAAUCUAAUGGCUGCCCAUCCGGCCCCGAACUAGCUCCAAUAAUUUGCAAGUUUAUGCAGCCAGCACUCUCACAAUUCAAGCCACAGCUUAUUGCGCCUACGACAUACAUCGCACCACUGAUAGUUGAAAAAUGCGAUAGACCGCAGUUGCAAAUGGAUGAAUUGCCAGCUCCGAUUGAAGAGUUCAAACCUGUAGUGAUCCCUGAGCCGCCUGUGCUUCCACCAAUGACGAUCCCGAAGUUUCCCGUUCCCGUAAUUAUUGAGGAAUCACCAGCACCCGUUCCUGAAUCUGAUGAAUAUGCAGACAUUCCCGUAAUGCCUGUAAAUAUUCCUGCAGCUCCGGUCCUACCACCUAUGGAAAUACAUGAAUCUCAGGUAGAAGAGAAACCUGCACCCGAAGAGAUUGUUGAAAUAAAUUCAAAUACUAUUGAAUUAGAAUCUAUUUCGGUGCCACAGCCUCCCGAAUUACCCGCUUUCGUAAUGCCAGAGAUUCCCAUUCAUGUGGUAGCAGCAAAGCCCGCCACGCCGUGCCUAGAUGGCUCAUCUAUAGUCCCAGCACCGAUCCCGGGGUAUAUUGAGUCUCUAGCUCCUCUGCCAGCCGCUCCAGAAUUACCCGUUUUCGUAAUGCCAGAGCUUCCUGCUGCACCUUCCCUGGAAGAUGAGCCAAUUCCAGCCCUCACCACGGCGUUCAUUGAGCCUCUGGCACCCAUGCCUGCAGCUCCAGAAUUGCCAGUUUUCAUAAUGCCAGAACUCCCCGCAAUUCAAAUGGUAGAACCAGAACUGCCCAAGCCUGUUGCACCAUGCCUAGAAGAUGAGCCAAUUCCAGCGCCAAUCCCCGCUUACGUGGAACCACUAGGACCUGUACCUGCUGCCCCAGAAUUACCAGCUUUCGUAAUGCCAGAGUUUCCCACAAUUCAAGUGGCAGAACCAGCACCAAUGCCUGCUGCACCGAGCCUAGAUGAGCCAAUUCUAGCGCCGAUCCCCGCUUACGUCGAGCCAAUCGCACCUGUUCCAGCCGCUCCAGAGUUACCAACUUUCAUAAUGCCGGAACUCCCUGCAAUUCAAAUGGUAGAACUAGAAGUACCCAAGCCAGCUGCGCCGUGCCUAGAAGAUGAUAUUUCAGCAUCGAUCCCGCUAGCUCCACUACCCGCUGCCCCGGAAUUACCAGCAUUCGUAAUGCCAGAACUCCCCAUUCAUGUACCAGAACCAGAAUCAUCCAAGCCUGAAAUUGCGCCGAUGCCUUUUAUACCUAUCGCAGCCCUUCAGCAACCUAUGCCCGAGUACAACAUGGUGGAUUAUGAACCGAUGCCGAUCCCGCAAGCUCCAGAAUUGCCCCCUUAUGUGAUGUCAGCGAUGCCGGUUUAUGUAGCAGAUGUGCCCGCACCCGUAGAGCCUUGCCCUGAAGACUUGUCAGCGCCUAUUGUAGCCUCGGAGUAUAUUCAACCUCUAGCACCUUUACCAGCGGCACCUGAGUUACCUCCAGCAAGCCUGCCCGAGCUUCCUGCUCGUAUUGAAAUACCUUCACCACCAGUAAUGAUUUCCCAACCUGAGCCUUGGCUGACUGAAGAAAAAGCGCCAGAGCCAAUCAUCAUUCCUCAACCACCAGCACUAUCGGAGAUAAAGAUGCCAGAACUUCCAGUCAAAGUAGCAUUCGAGGAGCCAUGUGCACCAGCCGUUAUGCCUUACCCGUUUUACGAAAAGCUCUUCCCGAACUAUGUUACAAUUUAUAAUGAAAAAGCCAAGGAACCGCAAAACAUUUUGGUUCCCAGCCAGCCAAUUGGAUCUACGCCGUGCGUGUAUAAUUUAGUAAUGCAACAUGUGAUGCCAAAUAUGUUUUCCAAAAAUUUUAGACCUAUGGAGAAUGUCGAAAUCAAACCUGCGUCAUUUUUGCCGUGUUCGUAGAUAUUCCCAGUUUUGUAGGAAAUUUAAAAAAAAAGACUUUUUUUGGAUAAAACUUUAUUAUUCUCAAAAAUGUGUUACGUGGUUCUAUUUUUGAAAUCCAACAUUAUCGGUUGGUCCGGUUUGUUGAUGAGCAGUGUUUUUAUUCCAAGCUCUUUGCCUGCCCAUUGGAGCUGGAAUUCACGUACCAUCUGUAAAAGAAAAAAAAAUUAAGCGACUAAUGUUGUAAAAUAGUUCCUACCAUCGUUCCUUAAAAAUGUAAUUAAUUAAAUAAAUAAUUGAUAACUA